UAAAGCUAUAAAACAACUCACACUCGAAAGGUUCUUUUAGUAACCGGUCAGGUUAAACAAAGCUUAAUUCGAGACGGAUUUUUAAUAACGCAAAUUUUCCUUUGAUGUGUGUAAAUUAAUGAAUUGUAAGUAGUUCAAAUCUUAUAAUAUCAUUUGAAUAUUAUACGAUUGAACGUGAAAAUGAUUCUUUGUUCAUGUGGAAAUUACUUAUCCUGUAAAUCUUCUCGCUUAUUGAAAAUACAACAAACUUAAGUAGACCUUAGAUACUUUUUCGUUAUUUUUUUUAUUCUUUUUCUAUUGGUCUUCAGUAUGCUUGUUGAGCUAACUCAUUUUCCAGUCCUUUCAUAUUUGUGUGCGGGCAACAUGAAAAUGUUCGUAUCGUUAUCAAUCUUGAUGUGUUUGGUGCACAAGACUGUUACUCAGCAGCCACCACAUAUAGUGUUUGUUGUUGUGGAUGACUUGGGUUGGAAUGACGUUGGAUUUCAUGGAAGUAAUCAAAUUCCUACCCCCAACAUCGACGUUCUGGCCUACAAUGGCAUAAUUUUGAACAGUCAUUAUGUUCAAUCUUACAGCACUCCUACCAGAGCCGCUCUACUUACAGGAAAAUUUCCUAUGCGAUUAGGCAUGCAGGGUCCAAGUAUAUCAGCUGCGGAAAAGAAAGCUCUGCCAGAACAGAAAAUUCUACCGGACUAUCUCAAAGAAGUAGGCUAUGAAACUCACUUAGUAGGAAAAUGGCAUUUGGGACAAAGCAGAUGGAACGAAACACCAACUUUUAGAGGCUUUGACCACCAUUUCGGGUUCUAUAACUCUUACACCAGUUAUUACGAUUAUCUUUCCACGUGGACAUUUAACGAUCAUGAUUACACCGGGUUUGAUUUGCGCAAGGAUGGACUACCAAUGUUUGAAGAAACGGGAAAAUAUGCUACUGAUCUGUUCACAGACUAUACUGUUGAAACGAUAUUAAAUCACGACGGGGCAAAGCCUUUAUUCGUGAUGUUGUCUCAUUUAGGAGUUCAUACUGCCAAUAAAGGAAAGCCACUAGAAGCUCCUCAAGAAGCAAUUAAUAAGUUUAAGCAUAUUGCUGAUGCGAACAGAAGGACAUAUGCUGCGAUGGUAUCUAAAAUUGAUGACAGUCUUGGUGCAAUUAUAGGAGCUCUGAAUAAGAAGAAUAUGCUGCAGAACACAAUCAUAGCAUUUAUCAGUGACAACGGAGCACCCACCAUAGGUGAUUUUCCGAAUUGGGGAAGUAACUUUCCAUUACGCGGAUUGAAAGAUACAUUAUUUGAAGGAGGGAUUCGUAGUGUGGCAUUUAUUUGGAGCCCCUUAUUGGUGCAAAGUGCCAGAGUUUCCACAGACCUGAUGCACGUCACCGAUUGGCUUCCAACUUUAUUUACUGCAGCCGGUGGCGACAUUAGCAUUCUGGAUCCAGAGAUGGAUGGUAUUGAUGUUUGGUCAAGCUUGGUUUACGAUUUGCCUUCUCCCAGAAACGACAUAUUAAUCAACAUUGACGAGAAAACAAGAAAUGCAGCCCUACGGUUCUACAAUUGGAAAUUGAUUGUCGGUACAAGCCUCAAUGGCUCUUUUAAUGAGUACUAUGGGAAUAUUGUUAUGGAUGAUAUCGAAACACAGCAAUAUAACACUUCGGCAAUACAUGACAGUCCGGCUGGAUCCAUAAUUAAUACGAUACACUACACUCCACUUAGCGAAGAAGAGUAUGAGGGAUUGAGGAGAUUAUCAGUGGUAAAAUGUACAGCAGCAAAGAAAAAUCCUUGUGAUCCAGCUUCUGGUGCUGUUUGCCUUUAUGACAUUCCCAGCGAUCCAUGUGAAGAAAACGAUUUGGCAAAAUAUUUUCCUAGUGUUGUAAGAAGAAUGAAACGUGCUUUGGUAGAUUACAGGAAGGGACUAGUGGCCCAAAUUGAAGGCGAUAUAGACAUAGAAAAUGCUGAUCCAAAACUAUUUAAAUACACUUGGAACCCUUGGUUGGAUUGUAAUGAUGUCGCUUGUCAGAUUUCUUGAAAAUUUCGAAGAAUAAAUCAUGAUAGCAAUGCUAUAGUUUAAACUUAAAGAGAGGUUGCUAAUUAGAAAAUAUACCUAACUACAAACAUGAUCAUAUUUUAUUUAGUUUUAAAUUAGUACAAAUUAAUGAAAAUAAAUAAUAUGUGUAUGAAAAACAUUAAACUACUAAUAGAAAAUGUAUAUAAGUUUCUUAAACACUGGAAUUAAAAUUCGAACUAAACAACA